UUUCCUGAGCAGUGUACGUCUGCCAACAACAGACGACACGAAAAGUUUUAUUUCUGUGUGCAGGACUUUGGUUCUUGUCCAAGGCGUCUUAGUCGCAGCUCUGGAAAUACUGCACUGCCUGAUGGGAUAUGAUGGGAUAUGAUGGGAUAUAAUGGGAUAUAAUGGGAUAUGAUAUAAUAUGUUUGUGUGACGUCCAGAUAUACACCAAGUAAAGGAUUCGUUUUUUUAUGGUGUACAGUUGUGUUGGAUUAAAAUCGAAGCAUUUUGAGAAUUAUCGAAAUAUAGCAUUAAAAAAAAAUACCGUUGUAUAUUGUGUUUACGGCCUAGAAGAUAUAUACAAAGCAAAUAAUUUUUUAACUAAAUGAUUCGGCGUUGUUUAAAUGACAUGUUAUAUUCUUCUUUAGACUGUGUUUUCGUGUAAAUACAAUUACUUUAGUCAUCUAAUGGAAACAACUUUGUUAAAGAGCCUUUAUUUAUUUAUCGGGGCUAUAAAUAGUUGAGCCGCGUCCACGGAAGAAAUCAUCGGACCUUCUAGAACAAUGGUCGUUUGGCAGGUGGUCAGUUUAAUGUUGGUGCUGAGGGCAGGAUAUGGUCUGUCGGAUGGUACACUGGAACCACUCAACGGCUCACUGCCUAGUCACAGAAUGGACGCUGACGAAAGUUGGAAUUUGACAGAAUCCCGUUUUGUGCUUGAUGACGGCUCCAUGCGUGUUGGUCCUCAUCCAACCGACGAUGCCAGAUCUCCGGAUCCUCCACUCCCAGACGACACAAUGUCGACUGACCACCACCUGACCGAAGGUGCAGGUCUUCCAGAAAUGGCAUCACACGAUGGCGCCACGACUGUUGACAUUCCUGAUAUUUCUCCAGACUCACCACUUCAGGUUGACUCAAUACCCACUGACCAACAACGGACAGGAAGUACCAUCUCUCCAGACACGGAGCCUCUGGAAUUUCCGGAUGAAUCCAUGUCGCCCGUUCUUGACCUCACAGACUCUUUGAAAGCUCUUCCCGAAUCAGACAGGCUUGACACAGUAGUUGCCAUGGAUACGAAUAGUUCACUGAAGGACGCUGAAAGCAAAGAACUCCAGCCGGGUGCUGACACAAACUCUACACACGGGUCUCAGGUAGUGCCGGCCGGUGCUGCGGACAUGAUGGAAUCACGUGAUGCCAGAGAGGGUGGUCAUCUGCAGGAACAACUGGACCCCAACCCACAUCCGUCGCCCGAGGAAAGUGUAGGGGUUGCACAAGUUUUACCAGAUACAGAUACUACAGGAAACCAGGACGAGGGUAAAGAUGUAGAUCUAGUACUGGAGGAUACCAAUUCAGAACCGGGACUAAAAGAUACCGGAAGUGACGUCAAGAAGCAGACGACGACGCACGCGGAAACCAUCCACGCCUUUAUUGAUUGGUGGUUUUCAGCGGACAACGAAAAUAACGACAGAGUGGCGGAUGACGUCACCGCCGACAACUCGAUCAACGCCUUUAUAGAUUGGUGGGUUUCUGUGGAAGGUCGGAAAAACCACCGACCAUACGAUAGCAAGACGGUAGACGUAGAAACGACGACCGCAAGGACUCCACCGGAGCGAGUCACCGAAGAUCAGCUGCUAGUUUCGAUCACUGAAAGGAAAUUCCCACAAAAACAAACGGGAAUUCCCACAAAUGUGAUGGCGGAUCAAAUCGAAUUUAAACCCGAAGAAAACAGAAUGACACAAAAACUGUGGACAACAGACGGAGCUGAAAAACUUGGUUUCAGACUCGUUGCCGGGCAGCAUUUGCCAGAUAUUCGCUUGCACAAUCCUGAUGACGUCAAGCGAGGCCCAGCCGCACAGUUUCCCAGCAUGGAAGAUCAGCUGAGACGGUUACAAGUUCUGUCUCGUUUUGGAGUACUCCCCAUGACGUCAGACCUCAAACCCAACAUUGGUAAAGCUAAGGAAGAGUUUCGGAUUCCACUGCAUAGAGUUAUGUCCCCUGAUUCUAUUUUAUCAGACGAAAAAAAAUCUUCUACCACUAAUGGAUUGGAACCCACAUCAUAUCACGAUAAUGAAAAAAACGCUAUGGAUCUGGCUAGAGAUCAGGAAAACGCUGCCCCAGAUAUAACGCCAGGGCUGGAAUCUUCUUUAUCAUCGCUCACUGAGGGUCACGGAGGUUUUGUGUUUCAACCACAAUUGGUCUCACUACAAGACAAUUUCCAGUCCCCUAGCAAGGCACAACACACAAAUGAUGGAAACCAUAUUACGCGAAACAACGAUCCGUCGAAAAUGUUGUCGGAUCUAUUUUCGUCCCAACCGGAAGAUCGUCUUGCGAUUUUGAACAAGCUCAAAGAGCAGUGGACACUAGGCCAUGAACAGACAGAAAUCAAAGAUGAUGUUUUAAGAUGGCCAAGACAGUUUCACCCAAAACAUUCCAAUCCAAACACAGAAGCUGAUUGGCUGAUCACACACGACCCUGACCUUGAAGGACGUUCACUGUCCUUGAAAGAUAUUAAAGAAACAAAGGCACAGCUGAGCAGUGAGUAUUUUUUCACUGACCCAUCCGCCGGCAAGUCACGUGAUCUGAACUACCUAGUGUCACAUGACCCCCUCGUUGCAUUCCUACCCCUCGACGGGAGUCACGUGGUCAACAUGGCAGUCCCCGUAGCUCGUCCCCAGAUAGCUGACUCCGUGUAUCCCGCCCAGCAGGGGGAUUUUUCGAGCCGUCAAAACGUCAAGUUUUACCUGGAGAAUAUUCCAGAACUCGCACGCUGGGGCAGGCAGGACACGCCCCAUGACAUGACGGACUACUCCAACCCUGUGAGAUGGUUGCACCACCAGCCUGACAACCACGAGAUCCCCGCGCUAAACUCUGAUGUUCGUAAACAACCGCGAGAAUUCUCGCCAUUUUUAAACUUCUUUUUCAACACCUCGCGGGUUGAAUUGCUAGACAAUUUUCCUGAAUUCCAGAAACUUCGUUUUCUGGAAGAUUCCAGACACCCUUACACGCCUAUAAAAGUACGAACUCCAUUCAAAGCUGACUGGAAUAAUGACGACAACCCACUUCCGGUUUCUGACAAAAUGUUCGAUUUUGACCUCAGCAUCAGGUACGAAGGGGAUGAAGACACCCCUAGACGUGGUUCCGGAAAUUUAUUUGAUCACCUGACCAGCUUCUGGUCGAAGGAAGGUCCCCCCAGGCAAAAUUUCGACCCUUUCAUGCAGAUUUCUCAUGACGUCAACGACGUAGAUACCUACUUCAUCCGACAGAAACAGACAGAGGCCAAAUACCACUACGACAUGGUGCCAGAUUUCUUGCUGCUCAGCAAGCCAAAAUUUAAUUUCUACGAUUCCAGAACUCAUCCGCCCCGAGACUUUGACUCGCCGUAUUCUUUAUUCCCCUAUAAAAAAUUCAAACCCAAACUUAAAAAAAGCGAACCGACCAAGCUGAUUCCCCAGCCGAAGUUCGACCACCUAUUCCCGAAAUUUUCUUUCUCCAAUUUCGAGCCUAACCACGUGACCCUCCAUAAAGACGAGCCCGUGCAGUUAACUAAAUUAUCCCACCGGUCGCCAUCUUGGACGGAUAAGAAAAAAAACCCGAUCAAGGAACGUCCGGUCACUGAAGAGCUCUACAAGGCCAAAGUUCACGACACAGAAAGGGCCGCAACUCACGAACUGAGCGGCGAUUUACAAAGUUUAAACCGCGGUGUUUUUUCAUCAUGGGCAGGGCAGACAUCAAAGGGACGUCACCACAGUCCACGUCACGCCAAGAACGAUAAUCAAAACUCUCCAGCCAGCAGCCAGAUGCCGGAUCCUAGCGUCCUACAAAAAAGGGACACUACGGGCUUGAGCUCGCCAUUAUCUCUCAAACAAUCCAAACGCCAGCUGAAAAAACAACGCCUUCAGCAGUGGCUGAGCGAGCGGGAAUUCCCCAUCUCCCUAACACAGUAUCUACGAGACAGAGACCCGUCUAACGGGGAUCUCCGAUCGUUAAACGAAAGGUUCCGCAACAAGAAAAUAUUUUUAAUCCGCCAGAUGACCAACGAGGAAAACUCCAACCUGAAGAAGCAGUUUCCGGGGCAGGACGAGGGGAAGAAACUCCUGCCCCAGGUGCUGCCCUGGGGCAUCAGCGUCCAGCCCCUCCAGCGUGACCUUUUCCAGUUCGACGACGACAGCUCACCGGAAGUGGCCUCGUACCUGGAUACACUUCCGGUUCCUCAGUUUGACGUCACCGCUUCCGAAACCGCACUGCUGAAGAAAUUGAAAGACGGAAUGAAGGACGUCGAUGACGAUGAUGAGGAUGACAUUGAAACCACCAAAAGUGUAACGGCCGAAACUGUCACCGGAUUUAACAACACGACGUCUAAAAACCUAACAACUUCAGAAGAUUAUUCUAAAAACUUAUCCAUUUCUGAAAAUUUUACAAGAAACGUAUCCACUGCAGAAGAUUAUACCAGAAACAUAUCUAUUUCAGAAGAUUAUACAAAAAACUUAACCAGCGAAACCGAGUCUCCAAACGCUACACUAGAUGUGAACCUUGAGGACACGGACCAAUCAAAUACGCUCAUACUAAAACCGUCAGAUAACACCAGCCAACAGGAAUUACCGCUAUGGCUCGGUACUGAUUGGGUCCCUAUCACGGGACUCGAGUCUCCAAAUGUAUCUGAACAGAUACCAGAAGUUAACUAUCUGGAACCACAAGUCACAUCGGAGAGUACGCUGGAUGGAUCCCAGACAAACACAAGCUCUAAUAAAGACAAAGACAUUCUUGUUGAUGAAGCUUCUGUUUUUAAUUAUUCCAGCAUAGACACGGAGGUUUAUAGUUUUAACUCAACCAGUCGGCGAUUGGAUGACUUCGGAACCAAUCAGACAGUGGGAGACAUCACUUCCUUGAUUGGACAAGUCGGUCGUGAGGCGACCAAUGAGCGGUCUGAUAACACAGCAGACAAUGAAACGCCUGUGGACAGUGUGACGUCCGAAAGUGGGUCUUCUGUGGACGUUAUGACGUCAACCAAUAAUACGUCUAUAGACAGUCUGACGUCAGAAAAUGGUACUUCUGUUUACAGUAUGACGUCAGAAAAUGGUACUUCUGUUUACAGUAUGACGUCAGAAAAUGAUGGUACUUCUGUGGACGUAAUGACGUCAACCAAUGGCACGUCUAUGGACAGUCUGACGUCAGAAAAUAGUACUUCCGUGGACGAUAAGACGUCAUCUGUAUACGCCAGUACUUCAACUAUUUGGGAAUCAGACAUCGUAGCAAGCAGUGAAACACCAACAGAAGACAUCGCUCAGACUAAUGACCCUGGUCGUAUCUUAGAAAUCAGGGAACAGAGUGACGUCAUAACAAAUAAUGAAACAUCGUUGGAUGUCACCAUCACUUUAACGGAUGGGGGAACCCGUAACAUGACAACAGAUGAACAGGUUGAUAAGACAGGGAUGAGCGAUACAUCAGUGGAGGACAUCACAUCUAGCUUUGUCCACACCCGUGAUGUAUCAACCCUACGGCAAGUUGAUAACACAACAUCAGAACCUGGGGAGGUUGAUACAGUAAAAGAUGGGGUAACUGAGAUAAAAGAAAAGGAAAAGUUAAAAAACACAACAUUAGAAGUUAAGAAAACGGAUACAUUUUUAACCUUUGAAGAUGAGGACAACAUGACAACCAAUGCUACAACCCCGGCUCUAACCAGUGAGGCACAACCAUCGCAAGACAACCCGACCACAUCCAACCAAGCAGCUAAUCUCGACUCACCAUCUGACGCACGUCAGCGCGACAAACGGAACAUUAAAAACAUCCAAGUAACGUCACUCAAACAAUUUUUCUCUACUCAUCACGUCAUCUCGCCCAAAUCACGCGCCAAACGAGAACAGAAAAAAGACACCGAUAAAAUGAAAUUCAAACAAUUUUCAAGAUGGCGACGAUCGCCCGAGGAGAUAAACCUCCAGAAUGUUCCUUCUUGGAUCGCCAAAGACACGUCAAACUCCGUCAAGAGGCAGCCAAAAUUUGUCGAACCAGCGACCAGCACCACCACAACAACACAGAAGCCAAAGACCCAAGCGCCCAGCACGACUCCCAGCACUAGAACCGAGGCCAAACCACAGAGUUUUGAUUCCAGCUCUCUGUACCCCAACUCCCAGCUGCCGCAUGUCAUACCUCCCCCCUCUAAAGUAUCGGGGCUGAAGCAGCAGUAUAUUUCUAAGAGCAGGAACUCUACUUCCCCUACAGAUAAGCUGAUUCACAAAUCAAAUGUGUCCGAACAUUCCCUCCCGAGUAACCAAAAGACAAACGUGCAGCAAUACGACAGACAGCAGGACCAGAGCAGACGACUAACUACUCUACAGCCAAACGUCAAACCAACAAAAGGUCAAGGUUACAAGCCUCCUCGAGCCUCCACGGCACGACCGAAGACGGGCCUGCCUGGCAGCUCAAAGACACCUGGCCAGUCUGGCAGCUUAAAAACACCUGGCCAGUCUGGCAGCUCAAAAACACCUGGCCAGGUGGAGGACUCUAACCGCAGACCUGGUCGCAGCAACACUGGCCAGUACAGGGGAGAUUCACAGGGAACGUACAAUAGACGCGACGUCGUCACCGGGAGUGGCCAGGGCCACGCAGAUGGCUACUCACAAACCUACCCAUCCGGCGCUGUUGGCAGUAACCCCACGUCAUCUUUCAGCGACAGCCAAUCGCGUGAAGCCAGCAACUCGUACGCUCAAUCAAGCAGCCAAUCAGAAAACAGCCCUUCUCAACAAUCGCAAAAUUAUCAAGUUGAUUAUUCUUCUAGCAACUCAUACGGGCAAUCAAACAGCCAACCAUACACCAACCAAAAUCAACAACAACAAAAUUAUCAAGUUGAUUAUUCUUCUAGCAACUCUUACGGGCAAUCAAACAGCCAACCAUACACCAACCAAAAUCAACAACAAAAUUACCAACAGGUUGAUUAUUCUUCUAGCAAUUCCUACGGACAAUCAAACGGCCAACCAUACACCAGCCAACCACAGCAAGACAACUAUCAAGGAAAUUAUCCUACAUAUCAACCAGACACGACAACCAGCGCCCCCUUCGUCCCUUCACCCAACAACCCCAGUGACGUCAUCCAAAAUGCCGGUGUCGGCAACACCAACGCCCAGUUCAUGGAGCUCAGCAACAAAGACGGGUCAAAGUUCACCCAGUCGCCAGUCUAUACCUACAAUUCUAUGCAGAACCCAGGACCACCCAACGCAAUGCUGAGCCCUUUCACAGAUUCCCUGAACUCCAGACUAAAUUUAGAUUUAAAAGUCCCCAGUCCCAUUCCUUACGGCGACCCAAACUUGGCUUACGAGCCGAUGAAUUUCCCGCCAUUUUGGCUGCCGUACUAUAUCUACUACCCACCCUACAUCGAGCUGGUACCCAUACAACCAGACUAUGUUGGGGACCCCGGGGUGGUGGACCCUCCCCCACAGCGGCUGUCGACCCAGCCCAACCAAAUCUUAAAACCCCAAACUCAAGUCGUCUCAAACCAGAAAGGUUACAGCGGUCAAGGAAAGGUCAUGACCCCCAGUUACCCGAACCCCCAGUCUAAGACAAACUAUGGUAACGGUUACACAGUACAGAACGAUAGGUCAAGGUUUGUUGACGGUUCCCAAGGCGACUCUAACUACCCGGAUGUAGUAAACAACGGACGCGGUGACCAAGGAAUCGCAUUAGAUCAACAAAAGCCACAAGAGAAUAUCAGAAGCUUUCAAAAAGCGAAUCGCUUCACGAAUAAGGGAAGCUACCCCGUGUAUCAAGAUAAUAACCCCGGUUACCAAGACAACACGGGUAACUACCCCGAUUACCAAGAAAAGGAAAGCGACCUAGGUUUCCAAGACAACAAGGGAAACUACCCCGAUUAUCAAGACAAUAGCCAAUGGGUAAAGGGACAGCACAACUUCGGCUACACAGACGGGAGCCCGAACGUUGGAAACCGAUACGGGGAUGAUUUCUACGACAGUCUUCCCAGCGACGGCUUCAUGACGUCACAGAAUCAACAGUUCAAGAACGCGCCCAGGCAAGCAGGUGUAGGGUUCACAUCAAAUCGGCCACCAGACGACGACGACAUGGAUGAAGAAGCCGUUCUUCAGUUUAUCCUCGCCAAAAAGAAGUUCAACACGAAAACCCCAGGGGUGGUGUCCGACGAUGGGGGUGGGGGUAGCUACGAGGGCGGGGGUGGCGGCGGCAGCUACGAGGAAGUGGAAUACAAGGCGCCGUCUAUCGGCGGGCGAGACAAAAGCGCGGGAAGAAUGAGCAGACACGACAAGAUGUUGCUGGAAGCUGUGGAACAGUUUAUCUACGCCAACCCCAAAUAUGGAUAA